CUUUAUUAUUUUAUUUUUUCCGGAGUAUUUUUCUUAUUGUUAGUCAAAAAUCCGAACAAUUAGAUGUAAAUUAAUAUUAUUAAGGCUGAUUAAUUAGUUACCGCGAAGUGAUCGUGUAUUCUUCGAAGUUCCCAAGUAUGAAAUAAGAUUGAACACCUUGAAUUUGUUCGAUACCCGUAAACAAUAAUCAAAAUGAAGUGUUUAACUCCUGAAAUAGCAUGGCACAAUCGUGAUCCAGUUUUUAGCAUUGAUAUUCAACCUCGCGCAGUGAAUGAAAAUGUCUACCGUCUCGCGUCCGGUGGCUCAGAUACUCACAUUUUGAUUUGGUACAUUCAUUACGAAUACACUGCUGCUUCUAAAGGUGUAUCUGACAUAGAAUUUGUUGCUGACCUAACUCGUCAUCAAAAAGCGGUGAAUAUCGUUCGUUUUUCUCCUUCCGGUGAAUAUUUAGCUUCUGGCGAUGAUGAAUCGGUCGUUUUGGUUUGGAAGAAGAAAAAAGACAGCGACAAUCCGGAUUUUAGCGAUUUAGAAACAGAUGAUAACAAAGAACAUUGGACUUGUGCUAAAACCCUAAGGUUACAUAUUGACGAUGUAUAUGAUCUCAGUUGGUCUUCCGAUUCGACGCAUUUAGUCAGCGGUUCAGUUGAUAAUACUGCUGUAAUGUGGAACAUAGUUACUGGAACAAAGGUUCAUGUUUUUAGAGAACACAAAGGAUUUGUGCAAGGUGUUUCUUGGGAUCCUUUACUCAAAUAUGUAGCUACUUUAAGUAGUGAUAGAACUCUACGAGUGUUUUCUACAGAGAAAAAAAAUUUAGUCUGUCAAUGUAGCAAAGCAGUUAUUCCACAGCAAACACCAAAAGAAGAGCCACCACAUGCGACUAAGAUAUUUCACGACGAUACAUUGAAAACAUUCUAUCGACGGUUAUCAUUUUCACCCGAUGGCAGUCUUCUAAUAGUUCCUUCUGGUAUUCUAGAAACACAAACUGUACCACAAUCAUCGUCGAAUUCAGAAAACGCUUCCAAACCGAAAAAUGCCACUUACAUUUUUUCGCGAAAUAGUUUCAACGAGCCUGUAAUGUAUUAUCCUUCCGGAGACCAAUUCUCCGUUGCUGUCCGGUGUUGUCCUAUUCUCUUUCAGUCGAGUAAAACGAACGAGAAAAAGAUAUUCGAUUUACCAUAUAAAAUGGUUAUCGCAGUAGCUACCAAAAACCAUGUACUCUUAUACGAUACCGAUCACGCUUCUCCGUUUGGCUUAGUUACAGAUAUUCACUACACUCGAAUUACUGAUUUGUCAUGGUCUAAUGAUGGUCUGUUGCUAGUAGUAUCAUCGACCGAUGGAUUCUGUUCAUUUAUAACCUUCGCCGAAGGAGAACUAGGUGAAAGAUGGCAGAAACCAGAACCAUUGCCACAAAAACAAUCUUAACGAAUUAUGUUUAAAAGAUUAUGGUAAUGUAAGUGAUGAUCGUCGAAUUUACGCUGAUUUCCGAAACGAAGUUUACGAACGUACGUCAACGAGUUUAUUUUUACUUCGCCGCUAGCAACGAGUGAAUCUCCUUUUAUAAAAUUAUCUCAUAACUACACACAGCUUUGUAAAUGGCUAUUCUAGGAUUUUGGUAAACUAUACGUACUUUCCCCUUUGUAGUCUUCUGUUUGACUUUUCCAUGUUAAAAAAAAGCCAUCGGUCGAAGCGUAGAAUUCUUUCAAGUCUUGGGGCAAAGUUAUAGAAUUAUUUUGUUCCCAAGCGCUGAUUGUUAAACGGUUGCAUGGUAUGCGGUUUUCGAUGUUGAGAGAGACGAUGGUUUUUGUAUUUUCUUGAAGGACAAAAGUAACGAGAUGUUAAAAUAUUCAGAUACAAAUAAUGAGAAAUCGAUUAUCACUUACUCAGUUUUGUUACUAAUCCUAAAGUAAGUAUAUCUAGAAAAAAAUCCUUUUCGGAUUGAUUUGUUACUGAAUUUGACAUGUUGUAUUUUAAAUAAUUAGUAUUAUAUUACAUAUUUAUCUCCAUUAUUUUUUAUGUUGUCAUGGUAAAUUUUAUAAACAAACCAAGGCACUGUGCUAAGAUUUGAAAAGUUGAGGUAGGUAUGGUAUCAAUUGAAAAGUGCUGAAGAAUUUGUAUUUAUUGUAUAUAUUAUGUGUCAUUAUUACCUAAUGUAUUAUUUUUAUAUUAAAAAUGAAUUUUUCUACCGCGUUU